AUGGACGAGCCUCUGGAGAGGCACUCGGCCAUGGCCGGCACCUUCUCGUCGUCGACCCAGCCUGCCAAACCGUUCGUGAAAGCUUUUGUGCAUUCCAGCGAGCCAAUUUCACGUGCAACGUCCCCGGGCCUUGCUUGUGGCGAGCACGAGCAGGAAGAUAACAAAAAGCGAUACCGUCCCCGUACCUUCGACUAUUUCCGCCUCCUACCUUUCCCAGUCGAAGAUGAGUCGUACAGGGAUGCUGCUCUCAAUCGGCUUCUCAAAAAUCUCUACAUCUCCAUCAUGGCCGAGGACUUUGCCCCGGGCGCUCUUCACUGGACCCGUGAGCUGACUGGCUGGCUGAACCUCAAGUUCGAGAUGACUAGGGAACUGCGCGCCCGUCUCACGCAGCUCUACUACCAUCUCGCCCUAGCCCCAGGUCUGGACGGAAAUACGGCAGAUAGAUUUGCCAAGAUGGUAAUAACGCUCACAAGAAAAAAGCACUAUUUAAAGCCGGGUGAGGACCUAACCCUGGAUUGGCGGCCGUUGUGGAAGGAGAUCAAGGCCCUGGUGUUGCCGUCGGAAUGCGGUGCCCAUCAGAGUAUGCGCAGAAGAUCCCAGAAGCACAUUGUCAAGCUGUGCCUGCAUUGCAACUCGUACUUUGACCCACGGGAGAGAAAGGCCAUCUUGGACGAGGUGCUCCCCUACUUCAGCACCUCAGCCAUCUCCAAUGCCUACAUUGUCGUCAACAUCCUGAACCAUAUCCUGCCGACGACUCCGGCACCCCCAACCGAGCCGCUGUCCCAGCCUGCCGACUAUCUGCCGACCUUCUUCCACUUGUGGUCAUUGAUGGCGAGAUCUAAGGCAUUCGACAUCUGCUUCAUCGACAUGUUCUCGCGCAUGGCUAGGGACUACCUGACGUGCACCCACGUCCCGUUUACCGAGCAUGGUAUCUUCACCAGGGAACAGUCGGACCUCGUCUUCACUGCCAUCCUGCGACUCACCGAGAUCCCCGUCGGCCAGGCUAACUCGCCUUAUACGUCCCUGGACGUGGCCUCGGGUUUGGGCAUGUACCUCGAAAAGGACCGGAAAAAGCAUCCGGUUUCCUACAUGGUUGCCAGGUGGAUCGCCCACUCCCUGUCACCAAUGUGUCUGAAGGCUGAGAGUUCGAUCCUGUCCAGUCUCGAAGGUCUCUUGGAGUCGAUCGACACUUUCUUCCAUCCGUCUAAUCAGGGCAGUUGGACCUCUUUUCUUGCCCAGCUCACCUUCUACCUGACCGACAUCUUCGUGUCGCGAUGGAACCGUGAGAAUAGCGGCGAGCUGGAGGUCCCCGAAGAGCGGAAGAUCACACCGGAGCUCAAGAAACGCUUUGUCAUGGCUUUGAGAGAGGUGACUUUCAUGGGAAUCUUUUCCAAGGGCUCUAAGGUGGUCAAUUACUACUAUUCGACCCUCCAGGGCUUGGCGUUCCUUGAGCCCGACUUAAUUUUGCCAGGUGCGCUCCAACGCUUCUACCCUAGUCUUCAGGGGUUGGUUGAGGUACACCGCACGACGGCUAGUUUGUGCGGUUUGCAGAUGAUCGCCAACAUCAUGUCGAAGCAGAAAGGCUACCGCUGCCAUAUCACAGCGUUGCUGGCUCUUGCCCUCCCUGGCAUUGAUGCCAAUGACCUGGGUAAGACGCAGUACACGCUCAACUUCAUCCAAGCCGUAGCCUACAGCAUCCCGUUUGUGGAGUUGGCUGAGGAGGAGAAGGCGGGCGUGGCGAUCGAAUGGGUCCAGCGGGAGAUGGCCCGGAUGGAGGAAGAAGGCCAAGACGUGAAGAUCUGCUACCGGGAAGAGUUGACCGAUGAAGACGAGGCCGAAAUCUUGCGCUCAUCGACUGCCGGCUUGGGCCAGUUUGUCCUCGCCCUGCUGGGCAAGGUGUUUGCCUUGUUGGAGAACCUGCCGGAUUCCAGCCACUUGCGUACCGGGUCCCCCGAGGACAAUGUAAUCAACACCCUGCCGGCAGCCCUGACACCGCUGUUUGCCUCUCUGUCACCGAAGCUGUUUGACAUGGCCCUGGAGAAGCUCGCAGAAUUUGUCUCGAGUCAUGUCAUCCACCAGGCCCGCGAUGCUAUGGCCUGGAUCUGCAGCGCCAUGUGCAAGGUCAACCCAGAGAAGACGCUUAAGGUGUUCAUUCCCAUGUUGAUCCGCAACAUCCGCAGCGAGAUCGAUGACAACGGCGCGGCAUCCGACCGGAGCAGCGGAACCGAGAUAUUGCCUCGCGACCGUGCUCUGGUCUGGUACGUCAGCAUGCUGAGCAUGUGUGUCGUGCACGUCGGCGAUGAGGUCCUCAAGUAUAAGCGGGAGCUGUUCGACAUCGCCGAGUACAUGCAAGAGAAGUGCAGGGGUCUGCCGACAAUUCAUGUUUCCAACUACGUUCACCAUCUCCUCCUGAACUUGACGCACACCUACCCCAUCGACAACGCGCUCUACGAGCCGGACGUCAUUGCUCGUGGCCUGGACAUCCAGGACUGGGGCGCGAUCACCGAUCCAGCCAAGCUGACCAUCAGGUGGCACCGCCCUUCGCACGCGGAAAUCGAGUUCGCUGUCGAGCUUUUCGAGAGCCAAGCUAGUGGUGCGGCUCGCAGGCUCGAGCAGCUGAUGAGCGACGAUCCGCCGGUGAGCAGGAAGGGUAAGAACAAGGAGUGGUCGGACGAGCUGUCGAGAAGCUUGACGGCUAUUCGGUUGAUCAUCUCUGGUAUUGCCACAUUAUUUGACCCGCGCCGUGCUUCUGGUGAGGUGGUCAACGGGGACGCCGAUCCCAUUCAGAAAGAUGCUGAUGGGGAUGCUAUGAUGGAGGAGGAUGACGACCCGCUUGCUGAGGUCGCUGACGAUGAAGAGCUCAAGCGUCAGUUCCAAUACCCGGCCGGCUACCCGCUCAGACCCAACGAUCCGUUGUACGACCGCAUCCACAAACUUCGCGAGGAUAUCGGGGAGCAGCUGUCGAAGACUCAUGCCUUCCUUAACGCCAACCAGGAGGACGAUGUCGCAUGCUUCACGGCUCUCUAUGCUGCCUACCGGACAUGGAUCACUGACGUGGGAAUUGAGCGCUCGGCACACCCUCUAGAGCGUCUUUUGCGCCUCUACAAGGCCGACAUCUCGCCCUUUAAGAUCAGCGGCUUACGCAAACAAUACCCUCGUCCCCUGCUGAUUAAGCGUGCCGACGCCUACCAGCUCCAGCGCGUCAAGUACAAUGCAGCCUACCGCAAGAAGAGCAAGCUCGACGAGCGUCUGCUGAUGGACCUCGCCGAGUCAUGCACCUCGACGUACUCUGACGUGCGCCGCGUUGCCCAGGGUGCACAGGACUCGUCGCUCAAGGUGUUGAUCGCCAGCCGGCCGCUUGUAAUUCCUGUCAUUCUGGAGAAGUUCCGGGAAGCGCUCGAAAAAAAUGAUCACGAUCGCAUUAAGGGUGCAAUGUACACGUUGCUCUUCACGUCGCUGAUCAAGACUGUUCAGCGCGAUUGGCGGUAUGCGCCCGACUUGAUGAGGCUAUACAUCCAGACUGCUGCUGUCGACAAGUCGUCGAUUCAGAACCUCGGUUCCUCGGCGCUGUACCAGCUCAUCGACUUUGGCAAGCCGUUUGAGCACCUGAUCAUCUUCGACCGAGAGCUUGUCGAGACUAUCCGGCCCAGCGAUGACGACUGCUCAGCCAUCAUCCAGCGGCGCCACGACUUCAUCAAGACGCGUCGUGCCCAAGUCGAGGAAAAGAAGGCCUCCCUCGGCCUCGAGCUGACCAAGUUGGCCAAGGACUCACACUGGCGUAUUGCGAACCGGUGCACCAUCUUUGCGCUAAACAUGUCCCUCAGGUUCGACCGCCUUGCGCCGCCUGAGUUUGUCGAUCUCGUUGCCAACGGCGUCAAUGAUACGCACCCUAGCCUGCGUGCGAACUAUCUGUCGGCGUUCACGGCGCUCUUUACGGCGAUCGACAUGCGUGCGGUUUAUGGGCAUGACUACCGGAAUUAUCUCCUUGAGCAGGAUAUUGACGAGAACCGGAUCGAGGUCCCUGUGCAGGCUGACGAUCCGGAGGCUUGGACACAAAAGUUCCUGGCGCAGUUUGGCCAGUACGACGAGCCGGAGUAUUUCGUCGAUUCUGACUUCCCAGGCUGGCUGGUCUGGGGCAAGACGUUCCUUGCGUGGCGUGGCAAGCCCAAGCCGUUCCUGGCCUAUGACGAGGUCGAGGAUGCAGUGCGCACUCAGAUCGGCCAGAUCAUCACCAAGCAGUGGUUCGCCCAGUGCUUCGAGUACCUCAAGCAAGAACCGCGCGACCAGAACUCGGAUCGUUUUCGUAUGCAGAACGUCAUCCUCCUGAGCCACGUGUUCGACUUGAUGUACUAUGGGAAGACGGUCGCCACUCUGAAGGAUGUGAUUGAGCUGGUUAAGGAGGUGUAUGGGGAUGGAAGCGAUAGGAACCAGCACCGUGCGACGGCCGAGAUCUUGGCUGCGCUCCUGUCAGGAAGCAUUGAUGAUCCGAAGGAAAUGCGUGAUCAGGUGUGGGCAUUUGCUGCACCCAUGUUGCUCAAGGUCAUCGACACCGACAUCAACCCGGAGAACCUGCACUACUGGGCCACUUGCCUGCAUGUCGUCAUUGACGGGAAGGACCCGCGGCGAUCGCGCGAGUUGACCGAGAAACUGGAGGCUUUCCGACUCGAUAUGAACUCUAAUGCCGCGUUUAAGGAGUCAUCAAAGCUUCAGCUCAUCGAGUUCAUCAUUAGCGACGCCGGCUGGCACUUCCGGCACGAGAAGCCCAUCCUGGAGGAUUGUCUGGCGCACAUCGACCACCCCUACAAGGCUGUCCGCGAGUCUAUUGGUCGGAUCAUCGCCACGAUCUAUCGCACCCGCUACCAUGAGUCCUUUCGUGAUGUUACGACCCUCCUGGAGAAGAACAAGGCUGCCUCAUCGCUCGGUCUUGCUCCUUACCAGCCUACAGAAGAGUUUGCGGCUACCAUCCGCGAUGUCUUUGAUCGUCUUGAGAAAUGGCGCUGCGAACGCACUCCCGGCCAGCAGACUCCUUCGUCGUACACCUCAGGCGCCAAGACCGUCCUCAUCUGGCUGGACAGCAUGCUCUCCUCGCAGGAAUGCAUUCAGCUCGUCCCAUUCUUCCAUGACCCUUUCGUUGACGCCCUCCUGCACAUGAUGGAUGUCAAAGAAGACCCUGAGCUGAUGAAGCUGGCCUACCACGUCUACCGCCAUCUGCCCAACAUCCCAUUCCGAGCCGGUGCCGACGGCGCUGACGACGCUUUCCUCCAAGCCCUCAUCCGCGUCGGCAAGACAGCCUCCUCAUGGCAUCAGAGACUCAGAGCGCUCGUUAACAUGCAGGUGGUCUACUUCCGCCGACUAUUUCUCAUGGGCCCCAGGCAGCGGGAGAUGCUGUUCGAUGCCGUCGGCGACAUGCUUGCCGACCCGCAACUUGAAGUCCGCGACUGUGCGGCUGCUACCCUCGCAGGCAUGAUCCGCUGCUCGCCGCGGGCGAUUCGCGACCCGAUUAUUUAUGCCCUGAAGGAGCGGUUCGAGAAGCAGCUGAAGGAUAACCCCAUGCCGAAGCGUAGGCGUGCUGGGCCGGGGGCUCCUAAUGCGGCGUCGGGGACGGAGACUCCGGCGGAAGUGCAAAGGCAGAUUGUGAGAAGGCAUGCGGCUGUUUUGGGGUUGGGCGCGCUCGUUGAGGCGUUCCCUUAUGCUACGCCCCCGCCGAGAUGGAUGCCCGAGGUGCUGGCUCAUUUGGCGACCAGGGCGGCGAGUGACCCUGGAGUGGUGGGUAAGGCGACGAAGGGAAUUUUGGCAGAGUUUAAAAAGACGAGGCAGGAUAGUUGGGGAGUUGAUCAGAAGUACUUCACCAGCGAGCAGCUUGAGGACUUAGAGGGCGUGUUGUGGAAGAGUUACUUUGCUUGA